AUGGAUUAUGAAUCAUUGACAAAAAUUCUAAGUUCUAAUAGUACAUAUAUUGGAGUCAAGCAAUAUCUGGAAGCAGUUUAACAGCAAAGAAUGGAUGUUAUGAAGGUAUGUGCUGAUGUAAUAAUCAAUUACCUUAGUGAUCAACAAGGACCCCAUUAUCCGAAAUUCUUGUGUUUGAAAUUUAUCAAUGAAUUAUUGGAGCUAUAGGAAUAUGAAUGGAUAGAAAUAACUCAAAAAAAUAUAUUGCCUAUUUUAGAAGAUUAUGCAAUGUUCAAAAAAGAGAGUAAAGACGAUGAACGUGGCAAAAUGUUAUUUCUUUAGUCAACUACUUCUAAGAAAAAGUAUGAAUAAAUAAAAGAGCUGGAAUAAGUUGGAUUAAAUUUUCAUCGUUAUACAUUGGAGAGUAUAUGGGUAUGGAGUAAAUGGUUUCCAAUUGAUACAGUUGCUGGAAAAUUGAGUUUGUAUAAAAUUGCUUAGGAGAGACUUUCUAUUAUGAAUGUUAAAUUUCCUAUCAUAUCAUACUUCACAUUUGAGAAAAUUAUCAAUUAUCAGCAAAUCUAAAGGCCACCUAAAGAGAUGCUAGAAGAAUGCGCUUCAGUUAUUAAAGAACAUAUAUAGGAUGGAUAAAAAACUGAUCUUCCUUUGGUUUAAAGCAUUUUAACAAAGACUUAUUAUACUUAAACAAAACAUAAUUUAUAAACUACAAAGACUUAUCCAUAAAUUUGGAAGAAUGCCCUUGAUUUGAUGAAAUAGGGUAAAUUGGGAAUUGAAAUUUCUAAUAAAUUAAAAUCAACUUCAAUAGUUCAAAUGGAAAGAAAACUUCUAUAAGAGUCAAAAUAUUUGGGCAAGAGCAGAGGGGCAUUUUCUAAUUAAAUAUUCAAUUUUACAUAAAUAAUAAGUGAAAAAGAGAAAUUAUUAUCUGAGAUUAAUGCGCAUAUAAUGGAAAAAGAACAAAUAAAUAAUUAAUUAUUUGAAUAGAGGCAAAAAAAUCAAGAAUUAAAAUAAGAAAUAGAAAGGUUGAAACAAUAAGUCAAUUAAAAAUAGAUCUUAAAUAAUCAACACACUACAAACCAAUUUAAUUAAACUACUGCUAGUUCAUAAUAGGAGAGUCUUAAAGAACAGGAUAAAUUACUUUUAAAAAGAGACUUGGAAAUCAAGAAAUUAUCAGAUAUCAAUCAACAUUAUGAAGAUGUUAUCAAAUAAUUAAAGAAUAAUAUUAAUCAUUUACAAUAAGUGCAUGAUUUAAGGGAUAUGGAGGUUUUCAAGUUAUAACAACACAAAAUUGAUUAAGAACUUAAAUUUGAAGAAGUAUAAAACUAAUUAAUUACUGCUUAAUAAUAAAUUAAAAGGUAAGGAGAAACCAUUAAAUAAUUUUAAUAGCAAUUGAAUUAAUUAAAUGAAUAAAGCCUGGUUAAUUAUGAAAAAUAAUCCAAUCAAAUUUAAAAGGCAUAGAAUGAUUAUGCAGCAUUAGGAAUAAUUAAUCAAUAAUUAAAGGAUGAAAAUGAGUAGCAUAAACUUGAAAUUGAAUUACAUAAGAAUGAAAUAGAAAACCUAAAAGAAUGCUUAUUGAAAUUAUCUAAGUAGUAGGAAUAAGUUCAUUAAGUUCCAGCAUUAAAACUUAGCUGUAAUUUGUUGUAUUUAAUUAGAAAUUUCUAAUAAUAAGCUUGA